GAAGAGUUUGCAGACUUGAAGAUCAAGUGGUUGUUUGACAGCAAAGUAGAUCCCAAUCCGCAUAAGGAAUGGCUGUCCCGGGAGUACACCAAAUGGUCAAAAUGUUUCGCCGAUUAUGACGACCAGAUCAAUGGUAUUAUUGUCAAUGAAAUUACAUUAGUUUUCAACACCACUUCGAGGGAACGGCUGUUAUGUCUAACCAAAUGUCUGGAUGUAUUGGUCUAUUGCAAUAAAUUAUGUAAGGGAACCGGUAGGGAAGGGGGUGUUUCCGUUAUGGAGGAAGUAGUCACUAAAUUGUUGAGUACACUGGAAAGCGGACGGUGCGAUCAGGAGUUUAGUUUAGGUCAGCGACUGUUGGGGGCGUUGAGUGCCAUCGAGCCGGACAUCAAUGGCCACCAGAAGUCAUAUUUAAGAUCUUCGCUGAAGAACUCAUUCAGAGCUCAGUUACACAUUCAGAGGAAGUAUAGUUCCGAUGAUAAGAUCAUACCAUUUGACGACUACUACACCAUACGUAGCGCUGAAUCAGGUUGGGGUUAUAUGAUAGCGCUGUCCGAAUACAACAUCGAGUAUUCAAUACCAGAAUCGGUUCGCUAUAAUGAAUAUGUGCUCAGAUUUUACGAUACAAGCGUCCGGUUGUGUUUGGCUACUGAGGACUACCUGACCCUUAAGUCAAGACUGGCCACCAAUAACAUCCGAAAUGGUGUUAUAUCCUAUGCUUAUAGUAAUGGCUGUAGUAUUCAGUCGGCACUUGACUACUACUAUAAGUAUAUCAAAGAAUUGCAAAAUGAAAGCAAUUCUCUGUUUAAGACAAUUCAACACAAUCUCGAGUUGAAUACAAAGGGUUUGAAUGAAUACAUGGUUUGUGUGAUGAAAAUGCCGGUUGCCUAUCAACAGGUCAUAUCCGAUAUCUAUAAGUUUGAAGUCAAAGAUAACUUUAUAUGUAGUCCAGUGUGGGAUCAACUCAACCAAACACUUCUCAAAAGUCAUUGA